AUGGAUCAAGUUUUAAAAUCAAACGUGAAUUUGCUGUUUGAUCGCGAAGGCAGCGAUGGUUUCUUGGCAGAAAUGAUUGCUGGUGGCAACUAUUUUGUAAAAGCCGAACCAAGGUCAAUGUUUUUUUUCAUGGAGCUGUCGAGACUUUUAAGGAGCUAUUUCGCCACGGAUAACAAUAUUAUGAGUUCACUUUGCCAUACCGGCUAUCGUCACAACAAAUGCGCAUUCAUGCCUUACAGAGAAAAUGAGAGCUUACUAACUCUAGCCCUACUUCUUAGCAUUAUCAGUAACUGGCGCUGGCAUUAUACGUUGAAACAAUACAUUCCGGCUUUGCUACAGUUCGACGGUGGCAGUGGUCAGGAUGGCAAAUACUUAAAAUUUCAACUGAUUGGGGCACAGUUUGUGGAACCAUCAUCACUCGGCAGGAAUUCAGCAGCUGUUUGCGAUGUCAAAAAAUCGGCAGCACCGGAAGAAGCGGUGCCGGAAUGGCGUCUGAAAUCGAAUAACAGCGAUGCAGCAACGAUGCAAGGAUCAAUUAAUGUUUUCCAAGGAAUAUGCGAAUGGAUUUGUGAUCGAUUUCCAAUGUUCCGUUUCAUUUUGCGCCUGUACAUCAUUCCCUAUUAUGCUUAUUUUAUCACCGCUUAG